GUCGGUAGAAAGGUAUGAGUCAGAUAACACAAAUAAAUAUGUAGAUAAACAACAGUAUUGCGAGCUACAUCCUGAGCUGAGUGAAUUGUGGACAUCAAGUGUAGUAUUUGUUUUCUUUUGUUAUAAAAACCACAGCAGUUUUUGGAAUUAUGUCUCACAUUCCACCGAAUGGCCCGCCACCUCCUUACCACGGGUACCAGCCGCCGCCUGGCAGUUACCCCCCUCCACAUGGCUACCAGCCUCCAGGGGGGUACGCCUACGUCCCAGCCCCUGUCAUGAUGCCAGUGUACCCUCCUGUGCACAUACCCCCAGUGCACAUACCCCCCGUGCAAAUUCCGCCAGUGCCAGCCGCGGAUACAACUUACGUCACCAAUAACUUCAUCUACCAGCCGCCGCAGCAGUCGUCGUAUCCUCACCAGUAUCCUGACCAGCAUUAUCAGCCGCCGCCGCCGCAGCAGGACCCUAUUGUUAUCGGUAAUGAUGACUUCAUAGACUGGAUCCCAACAGACUCGCACACGGCUCAGAACUACAAGCCCCGCGCGGUGGUGGCGGGCCACGAGGGCUGGGACUCCAGCCCCCUGUGGGUCAUCCGCGCCCACCACGCGGGAGACCUGGUGCCCGGGAAGCUGGCCAUCAAGCAUAAAGCUGCCUUCAUACCGCAUAAUAUGAGGGAGCUUCGGGUGCACAAUUUUGAGGUCCUCUGUGCCCCUCCCGGCUCCACACGAUGGCUGCCGGCUAGUAACGGCAACGUCCCAGUAGGCGCCAUCCCGGCUGGCAACACCGUGUCGGCCGAACCGCUUUACAUCGGCCGGGUGCGGCAUAUGCUGUCGCUUACUCCGGGAAAGGUGCAUCCCAGUCACCGCUGCUGCUACAUCUCCUUCGGCGGCGGAGAAGUGUCGUACAAGAGCUACGAAGUCCUCUGCAAGAUUAUUGGUUGAAUCAGAAUGCUGCCAACACCUCACUUCCACAUGACACAUCCGCAAGUGGUGAAACAAAUGAAAGAAAACAUGAAAAA